AUGGCUCGGACACGUUUCAUCCCAGCUCGCGACUCCCGGCAUCGCGCCGCCGUCGUUGCUUUAUAUCGGGCGCUGGCCAAGACAGCGAAUAAGAUCACCCUACCGAACCAAGUAACUGCUUUAGUUGCAGACUCCAACCCUAUACAGUCAGUGUUACGUCGCCGGUUCGACAAGAACUCAAGGGACACUAGCCCCAGGCUCGUUUUUGCUGCACUGACGGCUGGCUACAAGUUUUUAUCUUUUCUCAAUAAAUCUCAGGAAGUCGACUCUGCCGAAAAUCAGCAACUCGUGCGCUACCUCUCAAGGAGAAAACUUCCUCCCCAGCAUUCCAAAAAUCCGCCGACCGAACAAGCCGUCGAGGCCAGAGACCCUCUCCUAAUAAAGCUAUCCAAGCCUGGAGAAGUCCCACAAUAUACUUCGAAUGCAUACCCUCGCUCGUUGAAUUCCUUGGCCGGGCCACGACGUGUGCCGAUGAUGGCGACCACUGCUGAGGGCCUACCCUUUCUCCGGACGUCUUCUUUGCAGCCGCACACCAUGUCUCGAAUGAUUGGGCGCAAGAAUAAGAUAUUCAGGUCCAGGAUCUUCAAAAUCGCUGAAAUACAAGACGAACUUAUGCCUGACACCGAGUCAGAAGAUCUAUGGGAACGCAUUAUCGCGCGGCAGCUGCGUAAGGAGGGUAUCCCAUGCGAAGAGUCAUCGCGCGGCGUGGAAGAGGCCUAUACCUGGAGCAUGUACCUUUCUCGCUUGUGGGUGGAGUGGAAGAUUGAGGCGACAUGGCAAGAUUGGCUGGCGCGAGGCGAGGCUCUGCAGCGAAUUGUGGAUGCGGAGCAGGAGCUCGCUGAUGAAGAAGCUGGAAAGACUCGGAAACCCGAAUCAACGACCAAAUCAUACCUGUGGCCUCGGUCAGUUACCAAUGUCUCGGGUCGCGCAUUCCAUCUCCUUAGUCCACCUGAGAUACAGGGUAAAACCAUUCAGAUGGACGGCCACGACGUCUUCUCCUCCGAGGCAUGGGCUGCCGUUGUUAGGUCCAGGCAUGGCAUUAUGCGAUCAUGGGCCGACAAGUCACAAGUGUGUACAAUUUAUGUCGAGAGGUUGUGA